AUGAAAUUGGUGUCCAAUUUUGGUCCCGGCUUUGAUGCUCCUACAAGCCAUGAAUAUAGAACUUGGAUGCUCAAAGAAGAAGUUGAUGAUGUACAAAGUAUGAUGAAAGAACAUCAAAAGGCUUGGAAGAGAUAUGGAUGCACUAUUAUGUCGGAUGGAUGGUCGGAUGGCAAAAGUAGAUGUUUAAUCAACUUUCUUGUCAAUAGCCCUCAAGAUACUUGGUUCUUGAAAUCGGUUGAUGCAUCGGCCUCUAUUAAGAGUGGAGAUUUGUUGUAUGGCUAUUUGGAUGAUGUUAUUCAAGAAAUUGGGGAGGAGAAUGUGGUUCAAGUUAUAUAUGACAAUGCUUCGAACUACAAGAAUGCCGGGGCAAAACUUAUGGAGAGGAAAGAGAAGGUGUGGUGGACUCCAUGUGCAGCUCAUUGCAUUGUUUUGAUGCUAGAAGAUAUUUCUAAGAUGGCAUGGUUUGAUGACACACUCAAACGUCCUAGGUGUAUUUCAAAGUAUCUAUAUGGGCAUCAAUGGGUACUAGCUUUGAUGAGAAAGUACACUAACAAUUCGGAAAUUCUUCGUCCGGCGGUCACUAGGUUUGCCACUUCUUUCCUUACACUACAAAGCUUACAAAAGCAAAAGGAAAAUCUUGUUACUUUGUUUACCUCUCAAGAAUGGUCGGAAAGUACCUAUGCAAAAUCCCGUGAAGCAAAGUUGGCUAAGCAUCAUGUGUUAUAUGAUCGUGAGUUUUGGGGUCGAGUUUCUUUUUGCAUUAAGGGCGUUCUUCCUCUUGUUUGUGUUUUGAGAGAGGUUGAUUCGGAGGAGAGACCCUUCAUGGGUUUUAUAUAUGAGUUGAUGGAUGCCGCAAAAGAGAAAAUUGCAAGCAAUCUUAACAAAGUGGAGAAAAAAUAUAUGCCUAUUUGGAGAAAGAUAGAUCAUAGAUGGGACGAUCAACUUCAUCAACCACUACAUGCAGCAGGCUAUUACUUAAACCCACAAUUUCGAUAUGAGGAUAAUUUCUCAGAUACUGAUGAAGUGCGAAAUGGGUUGUUUGCUUGCAUGGAUAGGAUGCUUGGGAAAGGGAAAGAACAUGAAGAGGCCGAUGUUCAAUUGGAUUUAUUUACUAAUAAGCGUGGUCUAUUUGCGGAUUCUAUGGCUAUGCAAACUAGGAAAAAGCGAACACCAAGUAAGAUUUAA